CGCAUCCCCCCCAGUCUGUUCGGCAGCCCUGACUGCAAGCUCAUCUACCGGCACUACGCCACGCUGUACUUCGUGUUCUGCGUGGACUCCUCCGAGAGCGAGUUGGGCAUCCUGGAUCUCAUCCAGGUGUUUGUGGAGACAUUGGACAAGUGCUUUGAGAACGUCUGCGAGCUGGAUCUCAUCUUCCACAUGGACAAGGUGCACUACAUCCUGCAGGAGGUGGUGAUCGGUGGGAUGGUGCUGGAGACCAACAUGAAUGAGAUCGUGGCACAGGCGGAGGCGCAGAGCAAGCUGGAGAAGGCGGAGGGGGGGCUCUCGGCUGUGCCAUCCCGCGCCGUCUCAGCCGUGAAGAACAUCAACCUGCCGGAGAUCCCACGCAACAUCAACAUCGGGGACAUCAACAUCAAAGUGCCCAACCUGUCACAGUUCAUGUGAGCGUCCCGGCGUGGGGGGCCGGGUCUGGGGCUGACUCUUCUUGGGAUUCCUGGGUGCAGAAACGUGCCCGUGGCUGUGGCGGAGCCGUGGUGGUGCUGCUCCUCCAUCCUCACGGUGCGGGGCUCACUCUGCCUGCCUGCGUUCCCCUGCCCACCCUGCUCCUGCUGGGGCCCUGAGAGGUUGGCACUGAUGUCACGGGGCAGGGCAGCGGGGUGUGAGCUUCUGGGAGCUGCCAGUGUACCCUGCUGUGCCAGGAACAAGUGCGUGUGAGCAGUGAGCAUGUCCUUUUCCAAAUAAACCACUGUGUGAACCUGU